AUGCUUUCCCAAUUAGAAAAGUUGAAUCUCCGAGGAAAUGAUCUAAGAACCAUUGAUCAUCGUUUAUAUGGUGAUAGACUGACCAAAUUGGAGUUACUGUUGAACAAUAUCUCUGAAAUGACGAACUUGGAAUCGGUAAUAAAUUUGAUGAGAUUUUGGGCCUUUCAUUUAACAAACAAACUCGCGUCGAUAUACAUGAUGGCGGUGCUUUGCAUUCCAAGUUCAAAUGAUGAUCAUAUACCCAACAUUGGUGGAUUGGAUAAGAGAUACUCGAUUUAA